AUGCCAGCCAUCCUGGUGGCCUCCAAAAUGAAAUCGGGACUACCUAAACCCGUACACAGCGCUGCUCCAAUCCUUCAUGUCCCAACGGCCAGGACCAUCCCACAGCCCUGUUACCUGAAGUUUGGGAGCAAGGUGGAGGUAACGAAGCCAUUGUAUUCCAGCCAGAUUCCUCUCAAAUCUUCCAAUGGACAAGAAAACACAGGAGAUGGCCUCCCAGCAAGGAAGAGUAGCUCGGUAGAAAAUGGAUUUGACACACAGAUUUAUACUGAUUGGGCUAAUCACUAUCUAGCAAAAUCUGGUCACAAAAGGUUGAUAAAGGAUCUACAGCAAGAUGUGACUGAUGGAGUCCUGCUAGCUGAAAUAAUCCAAGUUGUAGCAAAUGAAAAGAUUGAAGACAUCAAUGGCUGCCCAAAAAAUAGAUCUCAAAUGAUUGAAAACAUAGAUGCAUGCCUGAGUUUCUUGGCUGCUAAGGGGAUUAACAUCCAGGGGUUGUCAGCAGAAGAAAUCAGGAAUGGGAAUCUAAAGGCCAUCCUGGGCCUCUUCUUCAGCCUGUCUCGUUACAAGCAGCAGCAGCAGCAGCAGCAGCAGCAGCCCCAGCACCAUCCGUCCCAGCAAGCAGGGCCUCCAUCCCAGUGCCAGGUGGGCGUCCCUCAGCAGCAGGUACCAGCUCUGCUCCAGACUCCGUGCCAACAGCCCCCACAAGCUGUGCAGCAUCAGUUCAAAGCACAACCAGAAAUGCAGUCCAGUGCAUCUCCCAGGGACUCAUCUCAAAGCAAAAUCAUCCGAUUCACUCUUGGUCAGAAAAGGUCUUCUAGGCUUCCAGGUCCCACCACGAGGGUGUCCACUGCAGGCAGCGAGGCCAAAGCUCGUGGUUCCAUCAGUGCCAACAACAGACGCAGCCAGAGCUUUAACAACUAUGACAAAUCUAAGCCUGGACUUCUCCCUCCAACCCCAACAAACAGCAAUGACAAAGAGCCUGCAGACAGCAUGGCUUUCCAGCCCACAGGAAUGAAUGAAAAUGUCUCAUCCUCUGUUCAAAGCUGCGGUACUGCUGUUCCUUGCAAUAACUCCUCAGCCAUCCCUCAGCCCAGCUCUGCUAUUAAACCUUGGCGCAGCAAGUCCCUCAGUGCCAAGCACACAGCGACGUCUUCCAUGUUAUCCGUGAAGCAGCCAGCACUGGAGCCUCCAAAGCCACCCUCAGAAAUCACCAAAACAGCUCCCAACGGUCAGAAAUCCAUGCUGGAGAAACUAAAACUCUUCAACAGCAAAGGGGGCUCCAAAGCAGCAGGGACAACACUGGAGUGUCCGGGCUCUCGGGACAACAGCUGUGAAAAGCUGGAGACGCUUCUCACCUUUGAGGAGAGUGAAGAAAUUGAUGCCACCAAUCAGAAUGUCAACAACCUAGGAUCGAUGUCCAGCAGCCCCAAAAUUGCACUCAAGGGAAUUGCACAAAGGACUUUCAGCCGUGCACUGACUAAUAAGAAAAGUUCUCCAAAGGGUAAUGAGAAGGAGAAAGAGAAACAAAAAGAGAAAGAAAAGGAUAAAAGUAAAGACAUAACAAAGAGAACAUCCAUCACUGAGAAGCUGGACCUGAAGGAGGAACCUAAAGAGCAGACAGCAGUAACAACAACAACAGAGAUGCCAAAAAAGUCGUCCAAGAUCACAAGCUUGAUCCCUAAAGGAGGGAAGCUGAACAGUGCCAAGAAGGAGGCCUCUGCCCCUUUGCACAGUGGAAUACCAAAACCAGGAACAAAAAACACCACAGGGAAAUCCUCAAGUGCCCCUGUUCCUGCAAAGGAAGGCGAGAGGAGCCGUGGCGGGAAAGCCAGCUCAGGGCUCUCACAUCAGAAGUCCCAGCUGGACAGCCAUCAUUCCAGCUCCUCCUCCAGCCUGGCUUCCUCUGAGGGGAAGGGCGUUGGGGGCCCCCACAGCAGUAGCAGCAGCCAGGCCGUGAACGGGCCUGCAGUGACAACCCACACCACAGGCAGCAACACCGUGAGUGUGCAGCUACCUCAUCCUCAGCAGCAAUACAGCCACCCCAACACCGCCACCGUCGCACCCUUCAUGUACAGAUCUCAGACAGACAAUGAAGGGAACGUAACAGCCGAGGCCAGCACAGGAGGGAUCAGCAUGGAUUCUGCUCUUUAUGUCAAAACUGCCCAGCCUGCUGUUGAGGACCUCUCAGGAGAGGAUCCAGAGACUCGGAGGUUGAGGACUGUGAAAAACAUCGCUGACCUUCGGCAGAACCUGGAGGAAACCAUGUCCAGUUUGCGGGGAACCCAGGUCACCCACAGCACAUUGGAGACCACAUUUGAUACCAACGUCACCACUGAGAUCAGCGGGCGCAGCAUCCUCAGCCUGACAGGCCGGCCAACACCACUGUCCUGGAGACUGGGCCAGUCCAGCCCACGGCUGCAGGCUGGCGAUGCGCCGUCCAUGGGGAACGGGUACCCGCCCCGGGGGAAUGCCAGCCGCUUCAUCAGCACCGAGCCUGGUGCCGGGCGCUACCUGUACUCGGCACCGCUGCGGCGGCAGCUGGCCACACGCGGCAGCAGCGUCUGCCACGUGGACAUCACCGACAAGGCUGGCGACGACAUAGACCUCGAGGGCAUCGCCAUGGAUGCCUCCGGAUACAUGAGCGAUGGCGACGUGCUGGGCAAGAACAUCAGGGCUGACGACAUCACCAGUGGGUACCUGACUGACGGUGGGCUGGGGCUGUACACACGGCGGCUGAACCGGCUGCCCGACAGCAUGGCCACGGUGCGGGAGACGCUACAGCGUAGCACAGCCCUGGGGCUCGGCGACGCCGACAGCUGGGAUGACAGCAGCUCUGUCAGCAGUGGGAUCAGUGACACCAUAGAUAAUCUCAGUACCGAUGACAUUAACACCAGCUCCUCUAUCAGCUCCUAUGCCAACACACCUGCCUCCUCCCGCAAGAACUUAGAUGCACAGACUGAUGCAGAAAAGCAUUCCCAGGUGGAACGGAAUUCCUUAUGGUCCAGUGAUGAAGUCAAGAAAUCCGACGGGGGAUCUGAUAGCGGCAUAAAAAUGGAGCCGGGAUCUAAAUGGAGGCGGAAUCCUUCUGAUGUGUCAGAUGAGUCUGAUAAAAGCACUUCUGGUAGGAAGAACACUGUUAUUUCCCAGACGGGCUCCUGGCGACGGGGCAUGUCAGCUCAGGUUGGCAUUACCACACCAAGGCCUAAACCUUCAACUGCCCCAGGCACAUUAAAGACACCUGGAACAGGGAAAACUGAUGACGCCAAGGUAUCAGAAAAGGGUAGACUAUCUCCUAAAGCUGGACAUGUUAAACGUUCCCCAUCAGAUGCAGGACGCAGCAGUGGUGAUGAAUCCAAAAAGCUUCCCACAAGUAAUUCUAGGACAGCUGCUGCUAAUGCUAAUACAUUUGGAUUUAAGAAACAGAGUGGGUCAGCCGUAGGCAUGACCAUAAUCACUGCCAGUGGGGCAACUCUCACCAGUAGAUCGGCUACCUUGGGAAAGAUCCCCAAGUCAUCUGGACUCAUGGGUAGGACCACUGGUCGGAAGACUAGUGUUGAUGGCUCCCAGAACCAGGAUGAUGGCUACUUAGCACUUAGUGCACGAACUAAUCUUCAGUACCGUAGCUUACCCCGGCCCAGUAAAUCCAGUAGCAGAAGUGGAGCUGGGAAUAGAUCUAGCACAAGUAGCAUAGACUCCAACAUAAGCAGCAAGUCAGCUGGUUUGCCUGUCCCUAAAAUCAGAGAACCUGCCAAGGUAAUCCUUGGAAGCUCUCUGCCAGGAUUAGUCAACCAGACUGAUAAAGAGAAAGGGAUUUCGUCUGACAACGAAAGCGUGGCUUCAUGUAAUUCUGUUAAAGUGAACCCUGCAUCACAGCUGGCUGCUAGCGGAGCUCAGAGUACCCACCAGCAAGGAGUCAAGUACCCCGAUGUGGCUUCUCCCACUCUGCGCAGACUUUUUGGUGGCAAGCCUAGUAAACAAGUUCCCAUCACAACAGCUGAAAAUAUGAAAAACUCAGUAGUCAUCUCCAACCCUCACGCUACCAUGAACCAGCAGGGUAAUCUUGACUCCCCAUCUGGCAGUGGUGUGCUGAGCAGUGGGGGCAGCAGUCCCCUUUAUGGUAAAAACACAGAUCUCAACCAGUCUCCACUAGCUUCCAGCCCCAGUUCUGCACACUCGGCUCCUUCCAACAGUUUGACGUGGGGUACCAACGCUAGUAGCUCUUCUGCAGUUAGCAAGGAUGGCAUUGGAUACCAGUCUGUCAGCAGCCUUCACACCAGCUGCGAAUCCAUAGACAUCUCCCUGAGCAGUGGAGGUGGGCUGAGCCAUAACUCCUCCAGUGGCUUGAUUCAAGCCUCCAAGGAUGAUUCUCUGACUCCCUUCAUCCGAACCAACAGUGUUAAGACUACAUUGUCUGAAAGCCCUCUUUCUUCCCCUGCUGCUAGCCCCAAAUUCUGCCGAAAUACUUUGCCCAGGAGACAGGACAGUGACCCACAUCUUGAUAGGAACACUUUGCCUAAGAAGGGACUCAGGUAUACUCCAUCCUCCCAGCUCCGUAGUCAAGAGGAUGCAAAGGAAUGGCUCCGGUCCCAUUCAGCAGGAGGAUUGCAGGACACUGCUACCAAUUCUCCAUUUUCAUCUGGAUCCAGCAUAACAUCACCAUCUGGAACUAGAUUUAACUUCUCGCAGCUUGCAAGCCCCACAAGUGCAGCACAGAUGAGCCUGUCCAACCCCAGCAUGCUGCGCACGCACAGCCUGUCCAACGCAGACGGGCCCUACGACCCCUAUGGCGACACACGCCUCCGCAACAGCUCCAUGUCCCUGGAUGAGAAGAGCCGCACCAUGAGCCGCUCCGGCUCCUUCCGCGACGGCUUCGAGGAGGAAUCCAUGGAAAAUGCAAGUAAAGAAAAUUUCAUUUCAAUACUUAUUUCUUCAAUACAUUUUGCACUUAUAUUCAUUGUGCUUAUUUUCUUUCCUUUAGUGCAUGGUUCUUCUCUCUCUUUGGUGUCCAGUACAUCAUCUAUUUAUUCCACACCUGAAGAGAAGUGCCAGUCAGAGAUUCGCAAGCUGCGGAGAGAAUUGGAUGCAUCCCAAGAAAAAGUGUCAGCUCUGACAACUCAGCUGACUGCUAAUGCUCACCUGGUGGCAGCAUUUGAGCAGAGCCUGGGGAACAUGACGAUCCGACUGCAGAGCCUGACCAUGACAGCAGAACAAAAGGACUCGGAACUGAAUGAGUUACGGAAGACAAUUGAACUCCUGAAGAAACAAAAUGCUGCUGCUCAGGCUGCCAUCAAUGGAGUCAUCAACACACCUGAGCUUAACUGCAAAGGUCCUGGAGCUGCUCAGCCCACGGACCUGCGGAUCCGGAGGCAGCACUCCUCAGACAGCGUCUCCAGCAUUAACAGUGCUACUAGCCACUCCAGUGUGGGCAGCAACAUUGAGAGUGACUCCAAGAAAAAGAAGAGGAAGAAUUGGGUCAAUGAGUUACGCAGCUCCUUCAAGCAAGCUUUUGGGAAAAAGAAAUCUCCCAAGUCGGCAUCUUCUCAUUCAGACAUUGAGGAGAUGACUGAUUCUUCCUUACCUUCCUCACCAAAGCUACCACACCACAACACCACUGUUUCAACACCACUGCUGAGAACUUCCCACUCCAAUUCCCUUAUUUCUGAGUGCACUGACAGUGAGGCUGAGACAGUGAUACAGCUGCGAAACGAGCUGCGGGACAAGGAGAUGAAGCUGACGGACAUUCGCCUGGAAGCCCUCAGCUCUGCCCACCAGCUGGACCAGCUCCGCGAGGCCAUGAACAGGAUGCAGAGUGAGAUUGAAAAGUUAAAAGCAGAGAACGAUCGGCUGAAAUCUGAAAACCAUGGCAGCUGUAGCAGGGCUCAGUCUCAGGUUUCCAUCUCCUCCUCCCCCAGACACUCAGUGGGUCUCUCUCAACACAGCCUGAACCUCACGGAGUCAAUCAGUCUUGACAUGCUGUUGGAUGACACUGGAGAUGGCUCUGGCCGGAAAGAAGGAGGCAGGCAUGUCAAAAUACUUGUCAACUUCCAGGAUGAGAUGAAAUGGAAGGAGGAUUCCAGGCCUCGCACCUUCCUCAUAGGCUGCAUUGGAGUCAGUGGGAAGACCAAGUGGGAUAUUCUGGAUGGGGUUGUAAGACGCCUGUUUAAGGAGUACAUCAUCCAUGUGGAUCCUGUGAGCCAGCUGGGGCUCAACUCAGACAGUGUUCUGGGCUACAGCAUCGGGGAAAUCAGGCGCACCAACAGUGCAGAGACCCCAGAGCUGCUGCCCUGUGGGUACCUGGUUGGAGAAAACAACACCAUCUCAGUUACUAUCAAAGGUAUCUGUGAGAACAGCCUGGAUGGGCUGGUGUUCGAGUCGCUGAUCCCCAAGCCCAUCCUGCAGCGCUACGUGUCCCUGCUGAUGGAACACAGGAGGAUCAUCCUGUCUGGCCCCAGUGGCACAGGCAAAACCUACCUGGCCAACCGCCUGUCUGAGUACAUGGUCCUCAGGGAGGGCAGGGAGCUGGCUGAGGGCACCAUUGCCACCUUCAACGUCGACCACAAAUCCAGCAAGGAACUCCGCCAGUACCUGUCCAACCUGGCAGAUCAGUGCAACAGUGAAAAUAAUGCUGUGGAUAUGCCUCUUGUCAUCAUUUUGGAUAAUUUGCACCAUGUUAGCUCCCUAGGAGAAAUUUUUAAUGGACUCCUAAACUGCAAGUACCACAAAUGCCCAUAUAUUAUUGGCACAAUGAACCAAGCCACCUCCUCCACACCUAAUCUUCAACUUCACCAUAAUUUCAGAUGGGUGCUGUGUGCAAACCACACUGAGCCAGUCAAAGGCUUUCUUGGCCGUUUCCUGAGAAGAAAACUGAUUGAAACAGAGAUCAGUGGCAGGAUGAGGAAUGCAGAGCUGGUUAAGAUUAUUGAUUGGAUUCCCAAGGUCUGGCAACAUUUGAACAAAUUCUUGGAGGCUCACAGCUCCUCUGAUGUUACUAUUGGUCCACGGCUCUUCCUCUCCUGUCCAAUAGAUGUAGAUGGUUCUAGAGUUUGGUUUACUGACUUGUGGAAUUACUCCAUCAUUCCAUAUCUUCUGGAGGCAGUAAGAGAAGGGCUACAGUUGUAUGGGAGGAGAGCGCCCUGGGAGGAUCCUGCCAAGUGGGUAAUGGACACCUACCCCUGGGCAGCCACCCCUCAGCACCACGAGUGGCCUCCUCUGCUCCAGCUGCGGCCCGAGGAUGUGGGCUUUGAUGGCUACUCUGUGUCCCGGGAAGGCUCCACCAGCAAACAAGUUCCAGUCAGUGAUGCUGAAGGAGAUCCUCUGAUGAACAUGCUAAUGAGACUGCAGGAGGCAGCCAACUACUCCAGUCCCCAGAGUUACGACAGUGACUCCAACAGCAACAGCCAUCAUGAUGACAUCCUGGAUUCCUCUCUGGAGUCAACGUUGUGAUCUCCCUCAGACAGAGGUCAUUUCCACUUGGCAGGAGCCCUGAUCACAGACUCAUGAAAAGAACAUGUUCCUGGGCUAAGGAUCUCAGUAUUAGAGCUGCAAGAACAAGACAUUUGGAGCAAUCUUGAACCUGGGUGCAGGCAACCCAAGUGACCUUUGUAUGUUUUUUUCUUUUGACGAUGAUGAGAACUGCACUACUCCUUUGUUUCCUUCUUUUUAGUUGCUGUAAGCUCUCAUGCUUAAGAUCCUGAAGAUGUUAAAAAUAAUCAUCAUUACUAAGUCAAAGGGACUGGGGUGGGGGGCAACUUCACAGCUGUGAAGCAAACAGCUUUGUGCCAUGUACUUUCUGGAAAGAGAGGGGAAAGGGAAUAUUUGCCUAUGCUGCUUCUGAUCAAACACAUUUAUGUGAGGGCUGGACUUUUACCAAUCAGCUUCAUGGAUUAAACUCAGCUUCAUGUAGUUCUGGUGCUAUAACAAUAUCGCUUCUCUCAGUAAUAAUACUCAGUGAAGGCAAAGCUGCAAAACAGGGAAGUUUGAAUAAAUAUUAAAAAAAUAGAAAAGGAAA